AGCAACAACACGAAAAAUUCCAAAGAAUUCCGAGACUAUCCGAGUUUUGCAGUCUCGAGGGGCAAUUUGAAUGAGCAAAAGAGGAGUCUGUUUCGACGUCAAUCUAUCGUGGACCCGGUACACAUUGGUCCAGUCGAAACGUUGCUGGCACAAACGCGCAAUCUAGGCCGCCGUGACUGUUGCCUCUGCCCACGAACAUUCUGUAUGGACUCUGGCAGCGGCAUGUUACAUACCAUGUUCGAUAUUGGUGUUAGUCUUGGCAGGUUGAUGGCGAAUCACCUGAUUAUGACCAUCCCGAUGGACGGUGGACAAGUCAUCUGGUACGACUUGGACGGCAACCUGGUCAAGUCGAUCCCACUUGCCGCUGCCCAUUUUAUAAUUUUGAGGAGCCUCGUCCAUUAUGAGGGUGCCCCGAGUUCUGUGGUUUAUACGGUCCUGUCGAAACGGUUUCUCAGCAAAAAUAUUCGGAUGGACAAGCCGGACAAACCAGCACUUAAAGAUAGACCACAAAAACAGCGAAAUGUGAGCGAUAAAGAAGAGAAAAAGACGGAUUAUGCUUCAGUAGUGUUGGAAGAUGAAGCAGACCAUGAGUCUGACCAUGAGUCUGACCAAGAGCCGGAGGACAAGGGUCUUCUUCUGUUGGAGGUCGACUUCUUCUCGGGCCGAAUGACUGAGCUGAUGGAGUUGGAUCGCAAUUGGUCAGAGAGAUUUUUUCCCGGAAAUUUGGAGUUGUCCAUGAAGGACUGGCUGGUAGGAAAACGUGGCAACCUUCUUUCGAUCGCGUAUAUUCCCACUCGCGAGUUGAUUGUCGACAACGCGAAUCUGGUCAACGAGAGCUUUUAUUUCUCCAGUCUGCGUCGGACAAUGACGUUCACGCUGGACAUUGGUGCCUUUUUGCUCGAUGUCGAUAACUUCCGUCUGGCCCAUUUGACCGAGGCCUUUCCUCAGAAGAUGGUGGUCUACAAUACAACGAGGCUAGCAGAUGGUCGAGUGGUUUGUCUGGCGAGGCCGGAAGAUGACUCAAAGAAGGCACUUUACUUUUUUGGGCAAAAGUCGAAUGAAUCCAGUGAACCGAGUGAAGCAAUCAAGUCGGAUGGAGACGAGAUGGAGAGACGAGAGGCCACUUAUGACCCUCUACGGCGCGCCAGUCGGGCCAAGUUGCGCCUGACGAGGAUACACUUUGAGCUGGUGAAGGAAAUCGACAUCAGCAAUGAUCUUCCGAAUAGACUGCAAGCGAUUACAUCCCGACCAAGUUAUACAGACAACUUUGUCGUUUUCCUGUUCCAUGGCUCUCGAAGGUUGGCCAACCAAUUAGGGCUGAUACUCAAUGCUAACCGGGAUAGGCUUGUUCGGUUGCAGUUACCCUUUGAUGUGACUUCAGAAGGACUAACUCCAGAACAAAAGCAAAUGCACACACGAGUUUUAAGGUGA